AUGUGCCCCCCGGUCAGCCUGCGACACGGGAGGGAGGGCAUGUCCUACCUCUACGCCUCCUGGCUGUAUCAUCUCCGACACGGAGACCCGCCGAGGCUGUGCUUCGCUUGCUUCAGGGUUGCCUUUCUGGACCUUAAAGACUCGCUGGAGUCGGAAGACUGGGAAGAUGAAGACUGGGACCCUGAGCUGAUGGAGCACACUGGGGCGGGCUCUGAGCAGCAGGGGUCCCCCGGGGUGGGGCCGAGCUGGGAGCAGGGCCCAGGGCAGGCUGUGCAGGGGGGCUCUCAGGCCUUGGGGCAGGGGGCCCUGGCAUCAGGCCCAGAGGGGCCGGAAGAGGCUGGCCUGGACCAUGACUUUGUGCCCACUGAUUUGCAGCCUCACAAUGCAGUUCCCCUGGGCCUGGGCCCCGAGGAUGCUGACUGGACCCAGGGCCUUCCCUGGAGACUUGAGGAGCUUCCUGCCUGCUCACACUGGCCCAGCUGCUCUCCUUCGUGGCAGGGCUUUCUCAGAGUGGACCUGCCCCCAGGGGAGCCCAUGGUGUUGGAGCUGGGCACCACCUGGGCAGUGAACCCUGCCGAGACUGAGGCCUGGUUACUGGACCUGCAGGUUGUCUCCAUAGUGGGCUGCUACGAUGCCAUCUACCUCCGGAAGAUGACUCCAGGCUGGGCCCUGAGGACCCCGGAAGAGCACUGGAAAGUGUUGCUGGAGCCUGAGGAGGUGUGGGUGGUAAGACUGCAAGACGCACCCCAGGAGCAGGACCUGCAACAGUGGAAGCUGAGCAUCGUGGAAAUCUCUGGACACAGUGCAGAGCUGGUUCCCGCAGACACAGCCCUGCUCACAAGGGGGUUCACCAUUGUCUCUUAUUCACCCUGGAACAAAAGGGAGACAGAGGAGGGGGACUCAGCCUCUGAGCCUCAGUCCUCCACCCAAGGACAGGAACCCAGCACCACCGAGACCUGGAACAGUGAGCCCAGGGGGCCUGGGGAAAGCCUGGCUGUUGCGGGAGCCUCAGCUAUGGGGGAGUUGUCCUGUUCCAAGCCCUUCAGCCCAGAGCCCCAGAACUGA